UCUAGAUAUGUUCCUUUCUUUUGUUCUUUAUUUUUUUCUUCAACAAUUGACAAAGAAAAAUUGCAGCAUCAUGUCUCAAAAUCUGGCGACGCUCCAAAUCCUUCUUCUUUGCAGCUGCUUCUUCCUUAUGUUCUUUCUUUUCUCGGCCUCAAAAUAGAUGAUGUUUCAUAUUGACCAAGAGGGGACGGAUCUAUAGGAGAAAUGAGAGGAGACAGAAGACGAGUUUUUUUUGUCUCUCCCUCCUUCUGUUUUUCUUCCUUUUAGGUAAUAUAUAUUGAUAUUACCACACUAUACCAUAUGGUAAUGUGUGAUAACUAAAU